UUUCGGUACCUGUUUUCGGAAAGGCUUCAGUUAGCAGCUUGGGGACCCAACUACAGUUUUCAGAGGUCUCCCUCCCCCUGGACUUUGAAAUGCUUUACCUGAUCGGCUUGGGCCUGGGCGAUGCCAAGGACAUCACAGUCAAGGGCUUGGAAGUUGUAAGACGCUGCAGUCGAGUGUAUCUAGAAGCCUAUACCUCAAUCCUGACUGUAGGGAAGGAAGUCCUGGAGGAGUUUUAUGGAAGAAAAUUGAUUCUUGCUGAUAGAGAAGAAGUGGAACAAGAAGCUGAUAAUAUUUUAAAGGAUGCCGAUAUCAGUGAUGUUGCAUUCCUUGUGGUUGGUGAUCCAUUUGGGGCUACCACACACAGCGAUCUUAUUCUGAGAGCAACAAAACUAGGAAUCUCUUACCGAGUUAUUCACAAUGCUUCCAUAAUGAAUGCUGUAGGCUGCUGUGGUUUACAGUUGUAUAAAUUUGGAGAGACGGUUUCUAUUGUUUUUUGGACAGACACUUGGAGACCAGAAAGCUUCUUUGACAAAGUGAAGAAGAACAGACAAAACGGCAUGCACACAUUAUGCUUACUAGACAUCAAAGUAAAGGAGCAAUCUUUGGAAAAUCUGAUCAAAGGAAGGAAGAUCUAUGAACCUCCUCGGUAUAUGAGCGUAAACCAAGCAGCCCAGCAACUUCUGGAGAUUGUUCAGAAUCAACGAAUACGAGGAGAAGAACCAGCAGUCACCGAGAAGACACUCUGUGUUGGCUUAGCCAGGGUUGGAGCCGAAGACCAGAAAGUUGCAGCGGGCACUUUGCAGCAAAUGUGUGCUGUGGACUUGGGAGGACCAUUACACUCCUUAAUUAUCACAGGCGACAACAUGCAUCCACUGGAGAUGGAGAUGCUAAGUUUGUUUUCCAUACCAGAAAAUAGCUCAGAAUCCUGUUGAUGAACUUCAUGAACUUAGACAUUUUCUAUUGUUAGAUACUAAUUUCAGUCAUAUAUGCAUAUACACAUAUUUGUAAAAUGAACAGUUCUUUUGGUUUACCUAAUAAUUAUAAAGCAAGUGACCAAGAAGAAAGAUGUUGAUUCAACAAUACUUGGUUUCCUGUGGCAGUGAGUUUUUUUUCUCUAUAACAUCAUCAGUUGUUGCUAUUUUAGUAGUUUUUCAGGAUAUACACACAUGGAGCAGACCAAGCCUGAAAAGUUGCAGAGACAUUCAUAAACAGAGUUGUUUAAAAGCAGUUUUUACUUAUGAAAUGAGUUUAUACAACGUGGAACUUUCUUCUUUCUUAAAAAGUCAGCUGUCCUGAUGAUAAGAUGAGUUGUCCU